CAAUCUGUACAAUAAGUUUUGAGCAGUACAAGAGUGAAUAUGGCACGAAAUCUGAACAAUAAGUUAGCGGUGAUCACCGGAGGAGUACAAGGGAUAGGGCUUGAGAUAACUAAAGCAUUCCUCAAUAAAGGUGUUAAACAAGUAAUCUUGCUCGAUGUCAAUGAAAAAGUUGGUGCAGAAAUAGUAAAUACCCUUAACUCGGCGUACGGUGAGAACAAAGCUGUUUUUAUUAAAUGCGACAUUACCACAGACUUGGAAGCAGUCUCUAAACUCAUCUUCGAUAGAUAUAAAACAGUGGAUAUUUUGGUCAAUAAUGCUGGAGUAUUUUGCGAGGACAACCCCAAGAAAUGCAUGGCAGUCAACGCGACAGCUGUCAUUGAGUGGACCCUGAAGUUUUGGGAGCAUAUGAGAAAGGACAAAGGUGGAAUCGGGGGUACAAUAUUAAACACGGGGUCUAUUUACAGUUAUCGGAUUGAUCCUUUCUGUGCUGUUUAUAGGGCGUCCAAAUUUGCCGUCCUAGGAUUCACGAAAACUCUCGGACUAGAGUAUCAUUACGCCAAAUCGGGUGUACGUGUUGUCGCCAUCUGUCCGGGAUACACACGAACAAAAAUAGUUACUGCUACAGCUGAACAGGAACAAGUGCAACAAGAGUAUGAUAAGUUUUUGAAAACGGUUGUCUGGCAGGACCCUAGUGCGGUAGGCCGAGCUGCUGUAGAGGUGUUCGAGCGUGCUGACAGUGGAACCGCCUGGUGUAUAGAAGGCGACCGCGCUAUCGAGGAAGUGUGAUGAGAUAGAGAUGCGAUGUUGGAGAUAUAAAUAUAUCUCACUAGAACAUAUUUAUUGAACUGUACAAUUUAUACAAAUAAAAAUUAAAUAUUGCUCGUUAGAAA